AUGAACAUAACGACUGAACCACAAUUACAGUUUUUAUCGACAACUCAGCAGUACUAUGAAGCGUUUCGCGAUGCGCUCGAUCGAAUCAAAUCUUCGACGGACACACUGAAACCGAUGUCGACAGAUCGAAAACGACCAUUGUCAACAUCAAGUGAAACACCGGCUGAUGUGGGAAUAAAGCGGAAAAAACACGUUCGAACAUUUAAUGAAGUUCAAUCUGUGAUAGAUGUUCGUAAACAUACAUUUUCCCAUUGGCCAUUGAAACAGCCGACAAAAAGUCAGAUGAUCGCGAGCGGCUUUUUCAACUGUAAUGUUGGCGAUCGGGUCAUUUGCAUUUAUUGCAAUUUGAUCUGCCAACAGUUUAUUCUUACCGAUGAUCCAAGUGAAGUUCAUCGAGUACUAUCACCCGAUUGCUGCUUCGUCCAAUCCUAUCUUCUAUUCUCAACGGCGACCACUCCACUCAUUCUCAAUGAAACAUCCAAUGUUCUUUCUAGCUGUGAAAUUGUUCCUAUUCAGGCGUGUAAUCAAAAGUUUGUCGAAAUACCAAAACGACAUGCAACAUUUGCCAAAUGGCCCAAAGAUAAAGCAUUACCACCAGUGGACGAGAUAGUAAAAGCGGGCUUUUUCUACUCUGGCGCGCAAACGAUUGUCUCAUGUUUCUACUGUAAUGGAUCACUACAGAACUGGGAAGCCAAGGAUAAUCCGACAAUUGAACACGCUCGCUGGUUUCCUCAUUGUGCUUACAUUCGACAAUUGUGCGGCGAUGAAUUAUUUCAGAAAAUCCAACAAGCUAGACGAGAUCAAAAACAACCGCACACAUCUUCCAGUACUCAAAUAUCGAUACCCGAUGAUAAUACAUUGUCAAAAUAUGUUGCAGCUCGUCUAGAUUUACCAAUAUCUCAACAUCUGUUACACAAGUAUAGACUAUCGAUUAUAAAACGAUGCUACGAAAAUCAACUGAGACUCAAACUUGAGGACUUUCCAGAUGAUAGUGACCUGCAUAUAGCAUGUUUGAUUCUUCAAAAACAGAUUGAUGUGAUCGACGGCAAAAAAGAAAAGAUUAUUAUCCCAUAUAAAAAACUCCAAGAAAUAACGGAUAAGAAUAUGAAAGAACAGAAAACAUUGCUGAAUACAAUUGAAAGUUUAGCUGAACCACAAAAGAGUCAAACUCAAGCCUUUAAUUUGAGUCCGAGUUUAAAUACCAGCAUGUGUACUGUGUGUUUGACCGAUGAAAGACGACUCGCUUGUAUGCCGUGUGGACAUGUAGCAACGUGCGUGCCGUGCGGUCAUUCACUUCGUACCUGCCCAAUGUGCCGAAGAACAAUAGACGGCUUUGUUCGAGUUUACAUUUAA